CCUUCUUUCCGGUGCGGCGCCGGCGGUGCGGCUGCAGGUUGGUGCUGGUUGGAGCCCCCGGGAUCCGCGGCCAUCUGCGGCCGACAUGGCGAUCCGCUACCCUAUGGCCGUCGGCCUCAACAAGGGCUACAAGGUGACGAAGAACGUGUCUAAGCCGAGGCACUGCCGCCGCCGAGGGCGCCUGACCAAACACACCAAGUUUGUGCGAGACAUGAUCAGGGAGGUCUGCGGCUUCGCGCCCUACGAACGACGUGCUAUGGAACUGCUGAAAGUCUCCAAAGAUAAACGUGCUCUGAAGUUCAUCAAGAAACGGGUUGGCACUCACAUUCGGGCCAAGCGAAAGCGGGAAGAACUCAGCAAUGUCCUGGCAGCCAUGAGGAAAGCUGCUGCAAAGAAGGAUUGAGUUGUACGGCCUGGAGCUCAAUAAAGCCCUUUCUGAUAAA